AUGCAUGCAGCCAGAAGAUCUUUUCUAACCCCGGAGGAGCCUAGCCAGUCACAGCUGUCAGAUGUUGGCAAAACACAAACAGAAGAAGAGGCCAUUGUUUAUCCCUCCUUCCUGUUCUUUCUAGCCAUGGGCGGAGUCUACCACCCGCACGUUGCUGUUGGGCUUGGCAUCACCUGGAUCAUUGGGAGAGUCCUCUAUGCCUAUGGCUAUUACACAGGAGGAGCCAUUGGUUCGGCUACACUCAUCGGAUUGGUGGGGAACACUUUGUACUCAGCCGUCCAGCACCUCGAGUGGGUCUCCACUGAGUAGCCAGCCUCCAUCCCCCUUCACAGCUUUCUGGAGAAUCUCCAAGGUGUAGAGUGUUGGGGUUUUUUUGGGGGGGAA